AUGGACUCGCUCUACAGUAGCACACAAAAUAGCUUAAGCAACUUAAACCAAGGCAACGACAAGUAUAACCACGCAAAGAGUGCAGAAAAUAACGAUAAUGAAAAUGUAGAUACAGACGUAUGUGAUGAAAGUGAAAACAAUGAGUUAUCCAAAUCGUCUCCGUCCGAAAAUGAUACCACAAAAGAAAAUCAAGAUAAUAAUGGGAAUACAAAGGAGGAAAAAGAUAAGGAGAAGAAAGUGGUAAUAAAUGAAUGCCCUCCGGAUGGAGAAGACAAUCAAAAAAAACUAUCCAGUGAUUCGAUGGAUGAUAAAUAUUUAGAAGAACAAAAUGAAAAGGAAACAAGAGAUGAUGCAAAUGCAAAAUACAAAUAUGGGGAUUACGAAGGGGCAAUAAAAAUCUGGCUAAGAGGACUAAGGUCUAUCAAUUAUGUCCUUUCCAAAAAGGAAGAACUAACCAGUGAACGUUUGGAAUCCUUCCAAAAAUUACAUGCCACCUACUGUAGCAAUAUUGCUCAGGGGUUCAUGAAAUUAAGUAAAUUCUCAGAAUGUGUUAAAUAUUCCCUUAUGGCUCUAGAAAGUGAUAAAAAAAAUGUAAAAAUAUACUUCAGAUUGGCUAAGGGAUAUUUUAUGCUAGGCGAAUAUGACAAAUCUAUACAAGUCAUAAAUGAAGGAAUCGAAAUUGAUAAUGACAUAGCUUUGGUUAAUUUGUUAUCACUCGUGAAAAAAAAAAAGGAGACUUUUUUAAAAAAGGAAAAACAUAUGAUGAAGUAUAUCUUUGAUAAUCUCAAAGACAAAUCUAUCAUUCAAGAAGAGAAGUGUUACAAUUCGAUUUUCAGGACUGUAUAUUCGUUAGUAACUCUGCUUCUCAUGUUUGUGUAUGCAUUCUUCGUUCGCUCCUCCAGCGUCUUAGCUCGCACCCUUAGAAAAUGGAAAAUAAAGAGUAGCUAA